CUCUAUCCCUCCUCCUUCCUCAUCAUCAUCAAUCAACAAUGGCAUCUUUCCUUCUGCUAAACAUAUCAACUAUCGCCAUCCUCUUACUCUCCGCUUUCCUCGUCAAAUCUUCUAACAACAUCGACUCCGGCAUUAACCUCGUUACGGCGGAGGAUACUCUACUAGAUUGGCAAUCUUCCGAAUCUCUCUACGGCGGCGGUGAAUCAGACGAAGGAGAUAAUGAUGAUGAGAUUGAAGGAGGUUCAAUCGGGCGUAGAUCUUUGUUCUGGAAGGCAAUGCAGUUCUAUAUAUCGUAUGGAGCUUUAGCCGCGAACCGGAUCCCCUGUCCUGCCCGAUCUGGUCGUUCUUACUACACUCAUAACUGUUACAGAGCUCGUGGACCUGUACAUCCUUACACCAGAGGCUGCUCCGCCAUCACGCGCUGCCGGAGGUAAUUCCUAUUUAUAUAUAUCCUAAUUAAUCUGCAUUUUGCUGCUGAAACUGGUUCAAGAUAGUGCAUUUAUAUCAUUUGUAUUUGUGAAGAAUGCACAGGAUGAUGAUGAUGAUGAUCAUCUUAUAUCAUUCUUAUGAAUUGCCGUGUGUGUUUAUUUUGGAAAAUUGGAAUUGAUGCAUUAAUGAGACUCAGAUUUAGUUUUUGAGUAGCUUAAUUAAGCAUUGUAUUGUUAUGAAUUUCAAUCAAUAUAUGUUGUUAUUUGUCAAGAA